GUAAAAGAAAAAAAAUAGUUCUGGAUAGGAGAAAUUCUGGAUGGGAAGCAGCAUCCAGAUUAUGUCUACUGUCUACAUAUUUAUAUAUGGUAUAUAUCCAAUUUAUGUAACCACUAUAAACAUACACUUACAAUAAUCUGUUCAAAACGUGUGGUCGAGAGUUGUUGCUUGUUCGUUUCCUUGCCCGUCUCCAUCUAUCUUCCUUUAAAUUUACCAGCCUCCUUAAGCAUCCAGCAAGCUAAGCUAAGCUAAGCUAUUCUCCUUCUUCAGCAAUCUCCUUCAGCAAGCUCAACAUGGCGAUGAUCUUGGAUGCUUUUAUGAGUAAAUUCUCCACUUUGCUUGCUGAUUUUGUCUAUGAAGAGGUGAUCAAAGUGCUAGGUGUGAAGGAGGAGCUUCAAGAGCUACGUCGUCGGAUGAGAAGCAUCCAAUGCCUACUAAAAGAUGCUGAAAAGAAAAAGUUUGGAGAGUCAUCCACCGAACUCUGGCUUUCUGAGCUUAAGGAUGUGAUGUACGAUGCUGAGGAUAUCAUUGACCUCUGCAGAAUUGAGGGCGCCCAACUGCUCGCUGAUCAAAAUCCUGAACCUAAAACUUCUUCAGUACGUUGCGAUUUCUCAUCUGCCUUCUCUUGUUUCACUAGUGUUCCUUUGCGUCAUGAGAUCGGAAAUAGAAUUGAGGAAAUUAAUAAUAGACUCAACAAGAUAUAUGAAAGUAGAAAACAUUUUAAACUAGAGAAAUCCACAAUAAUAGAAACCCCAGAAAUUACUGUAGUUGAUUCUCGUCAAACUUCUUCCAUGGUUGAUCCUUUUGCUGUCGGAAGAGAGGUCGAUGUUGCAGCAAAUAGUUUGGUUGAACGUUUGCUUGGAGAGAAGGGUGAUGAAAAAUGUCUUCUUUUUGCAAUUACUGGCAUGGGUGGGAUAGGGAAGACGACUCUGGCUCAAAAGAUUUUUAACCAUCCCAAAAUUAAGGCCUUUUUCAAUUUAGAUCCUGUAUGGGUUUGUGUUUCGCAGACUUACUCAGAAAUUGAGUUGUUGAAGCAAGUAAUAAGAGGGGUAAAGGGGAGCUAUGGAGAUGCUAAUACUAAAUCAGAGCUACAAACCAUUCUUAGUAAUUCUGUUGCUUUAGGCCAGAGCCUUUUUCUUGUUUUGGAUGAUGUGUGGCUUGCGGAUGUGUGGGUUGAUUUGCUUAGGGUCCCAUUGUACAACUCGAAUAGUAGCGUCAAAGUCUUAGUUACAUCUAGAUAUGAAAAUGUUGCUAUGGAUAUUAAGGCAGCGUACAUUCACCCUGUGGCACAUCUUUCUCAAGAUAGUAGCUGGGAUAUGCUACGUAGGAGGCUUUUCUCAGAGGAACAAGAGGAGCUAGAGAAUAGUUUGAAGGAGCUAGGAUUUGAGAUAGUAAAAAGAUGUAAAGGCCUUCCUCUUGCAAUCAAAGCCAUUGCUGGUGUUCUUUCAAGUAAACCACGCACUAAGAAAGCCUGGAAAAUUUUUCUCAAUGAUAAUGCAUGGUCUAUUUACAACCUUCCUAAGGAGCUUAGCGGUGCUCUAUACCUUAGUUUUGAAGAUCUACCUUCACAUCUAAAGCAAUGUUUUCUAUACUUCUCUUUAUAUCCUGAGGAUGAAAGGUUAGAUCUGCAUGAGCUUGCUCAGCUUUGGGUAGCUGAAGGAUUCAUAACAAAGCAACAAGAUUCAUUAACCGAAUAUUUAGCAGAAGAAUGCUUCAAUGAGUUACUAAAUCGAAAUCUUUUGCUACCAAAAAAUGAUUAUGGUAAGUGCCAGAUGCAUGAUGUUAUCAGAUCUCUAGCCAUUUUUUUAUCUAAAGAAGAAACUUCAUUUGGAGCUUUAAAUGUGAGGAACUCCACCACAUCCAUCAAGCUUCGUCGUUUAUCAGUUGCAAGACAAGAAACAUCAAUUGAAAUACUCAAUUAUGUUGUAGAUCAGGGAGCACUGAGAACAUUGCUUGCUUCAUAUUCUGAUCUAUUGUUGGAUGAUGAAAGAUUGAGGCAGCUUUCACAUCUACGUGUCCUGGACAUUUCUAAUACACAGAUUCAAAUACUUCCUGACUAUAUAGGAAAGCUACUGCAUUUGAGGUAUCUUAAUUUGAACGAUACACAUAUAAGAGCAAUACCGGAAUCCAUAGGGCAAUUAACAAACUUACAAUUUAUGAAAAUAAGCUCUUGCAGAAAAUUGAGGCAACUUCCUAGUGGAAUCACUGCGUUACACAAUCUAAGAUGCCUUGAUAUUGAUGCAACUCCUGUUAGUUUCAUACCAAAAGGAAUAGAGAAUUUGCAACAGCUUAAUUAUCUGAGUGGCUUUGUGGUGGCCAACAAUGACUCUAGUAGCAAAUUGGAAAAGUUGAAUUCUUUGAAACAGAUAAGAAUGCUCAAAAUUGACAACUUGAAGAGACCUCAAAGUGAAACCAUAAUUCUUAAAGAAUUACCUAACCUUUUUACUUUGAAGUUGGAGUUCUCCAUGGACAACUCAAGUCCCAGUAAGGAACAAGAACUAGCUGUAGAGGAGCUAUUUGACAAGAUAAUACCUCCACAAAGUUUAGAAGAUUUCACAAUAUCAAGCUUCUUCGGUCGCCGUUUCCCCAAUUGGAUGGUCUCGUCUCCUUUUGAAAUUUGUGUUCCAAAUUUAACUAAAUUGGUGUUCAAUCGCAUAAACUCAUGUGCUCAGCUCCCUCCAUUAGGUCAGUUGCCAGAACUUAAAGAUCUUCGUAUGUUCUAUGUGACUAAAGUAAAGAAAAUUGGACCAGAAUUUUUUGGUAGUGACAUCAAUUUGACUGGAUUUUCUUUCCCUCGUCUUGAAAAGCUUCUAAUCUCCAAUUUUCCUGAGUUAGAAGAAUGGUCUUUUGACGCACAAGUUGAGCAAAAUGCAUCUCCAAAACUCAAGUUGCUACCAUGUUUACAGGAGCUAACAAUCAAUUAUUGCCCAUUGCUAAAACAACUACCAAAAAGUCUAAAGUACUCUACUAUAAAGUUUCUCAGGAUAAGUGGUGCUCGAAGCCUAAAAUUAGAUGACAGUCUUCCUGCUGAAAUUGAGGAACUACGCUUAAUUAAUUGUGAAAAUUUAAAAAAGAUAUGUUGCACUCCUACAUUAAAGAAGCUCUAUGUUGAUGAAAGAAAUGUUGAAAGAUGGGAAGCUUUGUCUUGCGUGGAAAAACUUGAUUCAUUGCAGGAAUUGUCUUUCACUAAUUUUGCAUUGAAGAGCCUUCCAGAGUGGCUAUUGAAACUUCUUCAACAACGAGGGUUGCAAAAUGAUUCUAAUGAUGACUUCCACCUUGACUUGAGGUGCAGUCAAGAGGUUGUUCAAAAAUGCCUAAAAGGAGGUAUUUAUUGGGACUUAAUUCAACACAUUUCACAAGUAUAUGUCUAUGGUGAUGGGCAUCAUCUUCGAUAUAGGAAAGAACCCUAUGUUUACAAACAUAUCUCUAAUUAAUUCAGAUGUUAUUGUGGAGCUUUAUUAAGGAUUAUUAAGUUAUCAUGAUGUCGUUUGUAUCACAGUGAGAGUGAGCAUGUUUCUUUGUAUAAUUGUGAGUGCGCUACAUAUAGUUCCAUGGUACUUACUGUUUGUAUGCUUUUCUUAAUUUGUGUGGGCUCAUCCUUCACGAUUGGAUUUCUUCUGCUUCUGCUUUCUUCUGUUGUUGGUUUAAAAUGAUUAUUGUGUAAGAAUUUAUUUGUAAGCUCUUUCAAGGAAUAAUAAAAUGUGCUUGCAUUAUUUAUUA